GUUCAAAGUCCUCUCCACCCUGAUUUUGGUCCACCAGGCUGCAUUUCCCUGUUUCUCCUGCCUGCUUCCUGCCAGCUGAUGAAAAGAGUCAAACCAUUAGAACAAACAGAGCGGACAGAUGAAGCUCCCACAGGUCUACCUGACUGUUUUGAGAGCACAGACUGGCACAUAUUCAAAGAUGCUGCCACCUCCAAGAAGCACAGCAAUCUUCAUCAGCAAAUGUGUUGAUGAUGUGGUGAUCAGAAUAGAAAAUCACUCUCCAACCAGAAACACUGAGUGAAUGGAGAGGUGAGGGCUUUAGGUCAGUACUAGAAACUGGCAUCAAGGAGACAAAGGAGAAACACCAGGAGAGCCUGGAGACCCCAACACCAACAGCACACAUCCUGGGAAUUACACUUUACAAUUCAGAAGAAGUUUGUGUGAAGAAUUUCUCUCAGCUGUUCUUGACACAGAAGCUCAGGUGUUUUAAAGCACUUCUGCACCUGUUAAUGUUUUAAAGUUUAAAGCUUAAAGUGACAAAUCUGGCUGUGCUAACCAGGUUUAAUAAGCUGUUUCCUUGGCAGUUAGUGGAAUCACCACAUGGAUGUGUUUUCUUCAGGUUUCCAGAGGGCGUCCUUGUUCUGGAUUUUACUCAUCAGCUCAUUCCAAACCUUGAAGACUGUCGUGUAAAAUGACGUGCAGAAGAACAUCAGUCAGAGCUGCAGCAGUGCUGAUGGUACUUGUGGUGAAUGUCUUCAGAGGACACUCCCUCACAUGUCGUCGAUUAGAGUAUCAGAUGGGGAAUAGAUGCUGUCCCAAGUGUCUCCCUGGAAGUCGAGUUAAAACUCACUGCACUGAGUUUAGACCCCCUUCCUGUCAGCGCUGCACUGAGGGAACCUUCAUGAAUCAUCCUACUGACCUGUCACAGUGUUUCACAUGUACAAACUGUGAUGCAGCUUCUGGUUUGAAAUUAAAAACUUCAUGUACAGCAACAUCAGAUGCUGUGUGUGAGCCACUGGAGGGAUUCUACUGCAUGGACUCUGCAGAGGAGGGCUGUAAGGCAGCAGAGAAACACUCAAGCUGUCAGCCAGGACAGUACAUCAGUCAGAGAGGAACAGCAUUAAGAGACACUGAGUGCUCUGACUGCAGUGAGGGAACAUAUUCUGAUGGAACAUUUCCAUCCUGUCAGCCACACACACAAUGUGAAUCAGUGCAUCGUCAGCUGAUAAAAGCAGGGACUGUUUCAACUGAUGCUGAAUGUGGAGAGCAAAGUCCAGACAGCAGAGGACUUGUGGUCGUCGUUGGUGUGUCUGUAUGUCUUAUAGCAGCUGAAGUAGUUGCAUGGUGGUGUACACUGGAACCUGUGCAUGCUGCUGAAUCAGCGGUGAUGAUUUGACAGCCGUUUGAACAACAGCAGGAUGCAACAGUUCAUGUGUAAACAUGCAGACUGUUUUGGACACUGCAGAGGAAAUGUUGUCUACAAUCCAGUUAUAUUCAUGUUAUAAUCAUGAUGGGACAUUGUCUUUGCAGUGCACAGAAAUGAACUCAGCCCAGAGUUUCCUGUACAGAACUGCUGGUCUGCAGUGGAUCAUCAUCUCACACACAUGUUGUGUUGUCACUGUGUGACAGCUCCAGGCUCCUCAUCCAGCAGAUCCCUGAGGAGGAAAGUCUCAGUCAGAGUGUUUCUGUGAUGAAUUCCAGUAGGUCAUCUUCAUGUUGCUGUACGUGAUCUCCUGUGGGGGCCACACAGAGCUCACAGGGGGACCUGAACAUCAGACAGACUGAAAACUUUAUCUG